AAGCGAGAGGCUGCGUUACUUGACGGGUGUGACAGCUCCUGUGCAACGUGAACAACUGGGAAGUCAGUGUAGCGGACUGCUAACAUCAUAACAAAACACAUGAACAAGGAGCAACGCUUGGUGCGGGAUGUGCAGCUAUCCUGGGGGGUACGCCGAUCUUCAAUCACUUCUUCAUGCACAUCUCUCCCUUAGGGUGUGACGUUUCAGUGUCGUUUUAGCAUCUUUAGCGCUUCUGCUAACUCUGGCUAACAAGGAAUAUUAACUCUAGGCUUUUCUAGACCAGAGGCCAAGAACAUCCUCCUCUAAAACUAGAACAACCUCAGUGCCGGUGGAUAACCCCCCCCGAAGCACGACUAGUGAAUUUGACCUGACGGUGGAUACUACACCUUCCAUCCAGACAGCAAACCAAAGCAGAACAUUUCCAUUGCUCCUUUUUAAUGAUUAAAUCUGUAACUAUUUACUUUUUUGCAAGGAUUCAUAUAGCUGUGUGAUUUUUUUUUUUCCUCUUUUUUUUUUUAUUAAGUAAUCUCUAAUGAUGGGUCCUGCAAUGGAAGCAGCGGACAUUGCUGUGGUAGCACUGUAUUUUAUCCUGGUGCUAGUCAUUGGGUUUUUUGCCAUGUGGAAAUCCAAUCGCAGCACUGUGAGUGGCUACUUUCUGGCUGGACGCUCCAUGACAUGGAUAGUGAUAGGUGCAUCACUCUUUGUCAGCAACAUUGGCAGCGAACAUUUCAUAGGCCUGGCUGGCUCAGGAGCAGCAAGUGGAUUUGCUGUUGGAGCUUGGGAAUUUAAUGCACUUCUACUUCUGCAGCUGCUUGGCUGGGUGUUUGUCCCCGUCUAUAUUCACUCAGGAGUCUACACCAUGCCUGAGUACCUGUCGAAACGCUACGGUGGCAACAGGCUAAAGGUUUACUUUGCUUUCUUGUCUGUGUUACUUUACAUUUUUACCAAGCUGUCUGUGGACUUGUAUGCUGGAGCUCUCUUUAUCCAGGAGUCCCUGGGAUGGAACCUUUAUCUGUCUAUAGUCCUGCUCAUCAGUAUGACUGCACUGCUGACUGUCACUGGUGGACUGGUGGCAGUAAUGUACACAGAUGCACUUCAGGCAGUGUUGAUGAUUGGUGGAGCCCUAACAUUAACCACCAUCAGCCUAAUCAAAGUUGGUGGGCUAGAGGGCGUCAGAACUAAGUACAUGCAGGCAUCUCCCAAUAUUACUGCUAUAACCGCCUCUGGAAAUUUCACUUAUUCUCCUUCAUGCCGAGUUAAUCCUAAAGAAGACUCACUGCGCAUCCUUCGAGGUCCCCUGGAUGAAGACAUCCCAUGGCCAGGUUUCAUUCUUGGCCAGACCCCUGCAUCUAUUUGGUACUGGUGUGCAGACCAGGUCAUUGUUCAGAGAGUGCUAGCAGCUAAGAACAUUGCUCAUGCUAAGUGUUCUACACUCAUGGCUGGAUUUCUCAAGAUCCUGCCCAUGUUUCUAAUAGUCAUUCCAGGAAUGAUCUCCCGCAUCUUGUUUCCAGACGACAUUGCCUGCAUUGGGCCAGAGCACUGCAUGUCUGUGUGUGGCUCUCAGGCCGGCUGCUCAAACAUUGCCUACCCAAGGCUGGUCAAGGCAGUGAUGCCUGUGGGACUCAGGGGUCUGAUGAUGGCAGUCAUGAUUGCUGCCUUGAUGAGUGAUCUAGACUCGAUCUUCAACAGUGCAAGCACCAUCUUCACGCUGGACAUCUACCAAACACUUCGGCGGAAAGCAUCACAGCGCGAGCUGCUGAUUGUGGGCCGCAUAUUUGUUGUGGUCAUGGUGGUAAUCAGCAUUGCCUGGGUCCCUGUUAUUAUUGAAAUGCAAGGUGGACAGACGUACCUCUACAUCCAGGAAGUUGCUGGCUACCUCACUCCGCCGAUCGCCGCCCUCUUCUUGCUAGGAGUGUUCUGGAAACGGUGUAAUGAGAAAGGUGCAUUUUGGGGAGGCAUGACAGGUUUCACACUGGGCACCCUGCGACUGAUCCUAGCUUUUGUUUACCGCCAGCCUCGCUGUGACCAGCCAGAUGAUAGGCCUGCCUUCAUUGUCAGUGUUCACUACAUGUAUUUUGCAGCUGGGCUGUUCUGGAUUUCAGGAUUUGUUGCAGUGGUGGUCAGCCUUUGCACUUCUCCACCAGACGAGGAGCAGGUUCGCACCACCACAGUCUGGGGGCUCCGCAGCAUUGAGGUUCCUGACAGGGACCGGGAGGAAAUGUACAGGCUGACUGAGAAGAGCCAUAGUAAUGGCGAUGGAAGCCUCCAUAAAGAAAUGCCCCCGGAUGUCAGAAAGGAGAAGUGUUUGGAUGGGGCUGAUGUCAAACUCCUAGUCCCUUCCACUGACCAUGACCCAGCAACUCCUAGUACAGAGACAUCCCCUGCCACUACCCCUGCACAGCAAAUUGGUAAUGGAAGGUUCGACAUGAUCAGAGCUGAGGAAGGCUGCCAUGGUAAUGGGGAGACUAGCAGGUAUAUGCGUUUACUGGAAUGGUUUUGUGGAUGGAAAGAGGGAGCACAGAGCGCUCAGCAAAAAGUAGCACAGGAGGAUCAAAGAGUGAUUGCAGAGAUGUUGUACGAGCCACCUAGAGUUAAAUUUUUCCUCAAUUUGGGACUGCUACUCGUCUGCUCUUUGGGCAUCUUCAUGUUUGUUUAUUUCUCACUGUAGUUGAAUCCUGCACUGAACUAAUAGGGACUGGUGUGGCUUUUAUUAAGGGGGGAGUCACACCAGGGGUAGGGCUAUCGCAAACAAACAGUGGAAUCUUCAGAGAUUUGAAAAGCUCUGUCUGUAAUAUUUACAGUUGUCUUUUUGUAGCUCUCUAACAGGGAUCUAAGCAUAUUCUAAUCAUUUUUUAAAUGAUUAAAGCUUCUCCAUACGAGAAAAAUUAUACUCUUUUAUGACUAUGAAGCUUUUUUGGCACUGGUGUCUCCAUUUUGUACAGCGCUUGUUGUUAGCUAAUCCUGCAUUCAGAAUAUCUACUGGGAUUUUUUGAAAUGUUGUACUCAAAGUUAAUUUAAUAUUUGCCUUAUAUAUAUGCACUUGUCUUUCUGUUUUUUGUACGGUGAAAAACAAUUGUAUUCUGUGAUUUAAGCUUUUUUUUCCCACUCUCGUUGACAGUUUGAUUUAGUGUACUGGAGGUAUUGUGUCAAAAAUCAUUUUGUCGAUCUUACAAGCUUACAGCAAAUACCUGGUGUUUAGAAUAUGUACGUGUUUUGUAGGAGAUAAAGAGAAGAAGCACAACAUUAGAAUUUAGAAAUUGUAAAUUGUUAUCCUUCUUCUUGUUUUUUUUUAAAAAAGAAAAGGUUUCUUCUUAAAGACUCUAAAAGAAAAUAAACAGCCAAACUUCAUAUAUUAUGGUACUUCUUUUUGAUUGGCUGUUCAAUGUGUUGUUACUGUAAGGGACAUUAUAUAACACAAAUACCAAUGCUCAUCAUUCUGUAUCAGUUUAUACUUUAUGCAUAUCUCAUUUUGUGUUUCACAUCGUUGAAAAGUGUGUCAAGUCUUUUACAUUGUUUUAGUGUGUACAGUAUAAUUCAGGGCUCAUUGGAUCACCCACUAUAUACAUCUCUCCUAUAGUAGGCUAUCUCUUGUGUAUCUACUGUGUGUCAAUGUACCUUUAGUGCACUGUAGAGCUGAAAUGUCAUUUAUUCUCAUUUGAAGUGCAUACUUCAUAAGCCUCUUACCAAAUGUGUCUUAGUGUGCAAUGAAAAUUAAAAAAAAAGAAAAAGAAAAAAGUUGGACGAAGAAAACAAAAAAUAGAGUUUACGUCCUGAAGAUUUUGUGCAGUGAAUACCACUUUUGUCAGAAGCCAUUUGAUAAAUCAGCUUUGUUAUAUAGUACACUUUCAGUUAGCUGCCUAUCAGCAGAGGAUGAGAAUUAAAGCAGAAAUGACCUUUCAGACCUUUGUUGCAGGAUUAGCACAUAACUGGAGGAGUUUUCUCAUGACAUUGGUAAUUGUCAUUCAACCAGGUGCAUAAAGUUGCUAGUCUUCUGGAUUGUCAUUAUACUCACAGUGUAAGGUGUUCAGAUAUCAACACUCUCACCUCCAGAAAACAAAAAUGUUAAGAAAAACUGUGUGUUUAUAUGUAUUUUGGAAUUUGACAGCCGUGUUGAACGACCUCAGUCCAAAAUGUCAGUUCCGUAAUGUGACAGGUCAAUCCUUAUUAAUGUCAGGUUUAGAUGAUGCAUAGAGGAUUGAUAAGUGAUGAUUGCUCUAUGGGACAGAGCUUUAAAAACCUUUUAUUUCUGAGAGAAUAUAUGUUGUUAUUUUUAUGGAUUUUAUUUUUAGAGACUGAAAAUAAAGUUUCUGUGGAAAUAAAAAGACAAA